GCAAUUGUUUUGACAGCGGGCCGACACACCUUGGAAUUCCUCAUCGCUUUAUAAGUCUUUUCUUCUAUUUUCAAGGUUUGUUGAACGCUGUUUGCAAUGGAGCUUUGCUGUAUAUUGGAGUACCUGCUGGUCCCUGUUGCUAUAGGAAUAUUAAUAGCAGUCGUCAAUUUUUUCACCACCAAGGAGAGAGACUUAAACGGCAAGCAUGUAUUGAUAACUGGAGGCUCGAGUGGGAUUGGUCUGAGUGUUGCACAUGAUGUUGCUCGGAGAGGAGCCAGUGUCACCCUAGUUGCAAGAAAUGUGGCAAAUUUGGAAAAGGCCUUGGAAGAGGUGAGGAGCACAGCCUCCAGAGCAGGUGCUGGCGGGAAAGUGCAGACCUUCUCAGCUGACAUCUCUGGAAACCAAGAGCAAAUAGUGUCCUUAGUCAAAGAUGCUGAGAGUAGUCAAGGACCCAUAUACAUGCUUGUCAACUGUGCGGGAUUUGCCCGAGCUAUGAAAUUCGAGGAUAUUUCACCCCAGCUUGCAAAGCAACUAAUUGAUGUGAACUUCACGGGGUCAGUCAUCAUAACGCAAGAAGUGGUGCGCAGCAUGAAGCAGCAGCAGGAGGGCAUUAUCGUCUUCACCUCAUCCCUGGGAGGCCUCCUGGGUGUCUACGGAUUCACACUGUAUUCUGCCGCCAAGGGUGCAUUGGUGAAGUUAGCCGAAGCACUCUGUCAGGAGGUAAAGCCAUACAAUAUCACAGUGACUGUGUGUUAUCCACCUGAUACAGACACCCCAGGAUUUGAGGAGGAAAACAAAACAAAACCCAUUGAGACCAAAUUGAUAUCAGAAUCUGCUGGACUUUUUAAGGCUGAUGAGGUUGCCAGCAAGUUAGUGAAGGAUGCCUUGCGUGGUUCGUUCUGCAGUACAGUUGGCAUGGAAGGCUUUAUGUUGACCACACUUUGUGCUGGCAUGUGGCCCAUAGCGAAUUUUGCUGCUGAGUUUGCUGCAUUCCUGGCACAGAUUUUGUUGACGUGGCUGUUCCGCAUCAUCUCUUUGUUUAUCCUAUGGAGCUUUGAUAGGAUUGUGCGCCAGGAACAUCAAAAGAGGCUGGCUAGUAAGAAGAGCGAAUAACUACAGUGUUUAGUGAAAAAUUUCAAGCUCCUUUUUGUUGGUGUUUCUUCCCUUCCUAAGUUGGUUCUCGGUUGAGUAUCUUUUUCUUGCCUUUUUUCCUUUUUCUUCCUCUCAAUUCUACUUUUCCAACUUUAGUCCUGUCGUGAAGAGUAAGUUUCUUGGGACUCUCAUCUUCCUGUACUUAUUUUGCUACUUUUGAGUUACUUUUGAGUAAAUGCAAAGGAGUCAGUGAUGUAAAACUAACUAUUGUUGUACUUUGUUGUUAGAUUUAUAAAUGAGAUUUUCAGUUGUCUACAGAGUUCCCAUGCAUUACUAAGCUGCAAUAGGCUUCAUCAGUGCUUCACAGAGCAACGACUAGAAAACUCUGCUUGUUGUAACGAACUCUGAAUCUUUUGUCGGAAGGUACCAUUACAGCAGGAGGAAUAAGAGUUUAUUUUUUAUCCACUAAACACUUUUUUGAUAUAGUGUGUCCAUGUUAAUUGUCAGAAUGUACUGUUACAGACGGGGAAAUAGGGAGUUAUCCACGAAGCCAUUUUCUUUUCUAUUAUGGUAUGUGCUUAUUGAUAUUCAGAAUGAGCCAUUACAGCAAGAGAAAUGGGGAGUUUCCACAGAAGUUUUUUUUUAUGGUAUUUUCUUAUCAAUUGCACACAAGAACCAUAUAGAGGUUACCAAAACAUGUUAUGUAAAUGAGAUUUUAUUUGCCAUGUUUUAUGCUUAAGCCAAAGCGCACUAUAUUCACAAACUCAAAAGGUGAAUCUAUGGGCCAGUACCGUUUUGCUAUUUUUUGUAUGCAUUUGAAAGGCCAGGUGGUCGAAAAUAGGAUGGAAAAUAUUGAAAUUGUGUGAAAAUCCUUUUGAAUUAAAAUUUGUUGGCUGUAAUUUCAGAAUGUUUCAUGAUUAAAUUAACAUUAUGAAUUUUAUAUUAUUUGUUAUAAAGUGCUAAAUUUAUCAAUAAGCUUUUUGUUUUUCUUUCUUUUUAGAGAAUGUGAUUCAUCUAUGCCUUAAUAAAGCAGUAAAUAUUUGAAAGUGAUUAUGACAGUGGCUUGUUUCUACUUAAUUGUUAAAUGUUUACUGGUGUAUUUUCGACCACAGGGUCCGGACCAACACUUUUUCUUUUUCACUAUGUAUACUUUUUUAUUAUUUAUUUUUUUUGUGUUCUGUAUUUAAUAGGUUGGCAUUUACAUAACACUGGAUUAUGUAUCCAUUAUACUACUAUGGUAUAUAGCAUUUUUAAAAUGUGUUGUAAUUUCUGAUUUAACUCUAAGGCCAUAAUGGAUAUUUAUUUUGUGUCUAAAAAAUGCAUUUGGGCAGUUGUCAAUAAAAUAAAUGAAACA